AUGUAUAAGCCGGAUGAAGAAAAAACCACAUUCAUCACACCCAGAGCAAACUAUUGCUAUGUGGUCAUGCCUUUUGGAUUAAAAAAUGCUGGGGUCACAUACCAAAGGUUGAUGAAUAAGGUGUUCGCUCCACACAUCGGGAACUUAAUGGAGGUCUACAUGGACAACAUGCUGGUGAAAACCAAGGAGGAGAUUGACCUCUUGACAGAUCUCUCACAAGUCUUUAACACCGGAUUGGAUUUGCUAGGACCAUUUUCCCAAGCGCCUGGGCAAGUAAAAUACCUAAUAGUGGGAGUAAACUACUUCACGAAGUGGAUAGAAGCAGAACCAUUGGCCACUAUCACCACUCAGAGAAGUCGGAAGUUCCUCUACAAGAACAUAAUCACAAGGUAUGCAGUGCCUCACUCCAUCACCACAGAUAAUGGCACUCAGUUCACCGAUUCGACCUUCAAAAGCCUGGUAGCCAGCAUGAAGAUCAAGCAUCAGUUCACCUCGGUAGAACAUCCGCAGGCAAAUGGGCAAGCCGAGGCAGCCAAUAAAGUCAAACUAUCAGGACUAAAGAAGAGGUUGCAAGAUGCAAAGGGAGCCUGGACCGAGGAGCUCCCACAAGUACUUUGGGCUUACCGGACCACACUUCAGUCUGCCACAGCGGAAACACCCUUCCGACUUGCUUAUGGCAUAGAAGCCAUGAUACCAGUUGAAAUCAACGAGCAAAGUCCAAGGGUGAGCUUUUACGACGAGGCUGGAAACAUACGGGGGCACAAAGAAGAACUUGAGCUCCUCCCCGAAGUUCGAGAGCAAGCCCAGAUAAGGGGUGAGGCCCUGAAGCAAAGAAUGGCGAAUAGGUACAACAAAAAGGUCAUUCGGAGAAGCUUUACCCCAAACGAUUUGGUCUUGAUCAAAAAUGACAUAGGAGUCAACAAGUCUGGGGAAGGAAAGCUUGCCGCCAAUUGGAAAGGACUGACGAUCGAAUUUUCUAUCGCCAUGGGGUUUCUUGAGUAUCCAAACAUCGGGAAGGUAAUCGAUUUAUUACUUGGUUCAGUUGGCGAAGGGUUGCAUUAA